AUGGUUCGUCUCUCUCGUGACCUGCGAUGCCGCGCGAGGUACAACUCGUCCGAGUCGACUACCGAAGCGGACGUUGUUGUCCCUGGGUAUGGCAUUUGCAGAGUAAAUCUCAGCGAAAGCAAGCUGGGUGAACUUGCAGGAUCCGAGAUGCUCGAGUUGCCGAAUUGCUGCACAAAUGCUUUGCGCGAGCUGCAUCUUCGUGUGGGCGAAGUCGAGAGCGUUGCGGAUGUGAUACACCUUCCAGCGCUAAUUGGUGGCGCGCUGGAACAACUAUGCUAUGGUAAGAUACAAGACGAUUCCGCAACCGUGGACUUAAGCGCACUGGCCAAGGCGUGCCCGAAGCUGGAACGCCUGGUACUUGAAGUUAGCGCGGUUGUGUCAGAGUACGACGAGCCUCUGCAGAAUUGGCCAUUGCGGAAGUUUGUUACUUUCGCCACUGUAAAUGGUUUGGCCCCCCUCCUGAGUGAUCCCGCAUGUAAAAUGGCGCACGGGCUUAUCUCUCUUCAAGUGCGCACACGAGACCGUUGGAACCAGUCAGAGGAGGAGGCGGAUGCACUCGUAUCGUACAAUGGUGACUUCCUUCCGAUUGUCAAGGAAAAGCUAUGCAGCCGAGCGAAAGCUGCACUAAUUAGUGUCGUAAUGAAUAUCGAUGCUACUCAAAGGUGCAUGGUGGCUGUGCGUCAACUGGAUGCGAACAUUUCGAGCUUGAUCUUCGCGUUCGCAGCAACUCCUGAACGCAGGACGGUUCGAGCUGGUGCGGAAAGAGGGCCAGGACGAGCAGAGCAGAGGACAGACGAAAAGAGCAAUACCCAAGCACAAUCUAUCAUGGUUUUACUGCUGUCGCAAUCUAUCCACUAA